ACAUUGAUUGGGUUGGGUUGGCGCUGGGGAGUUGACAUCGCCGCGGUUUGUGCUGUUGUGUCAGUUUUGUGUUGUCUGCCGAUUCGAUCGAGUGUCGUUUCGUUCGCGGUGUGUUUUUCCUCCCGAAUACAAAUUAUUGCAAUCAUCAUUUUGCUGAGACUGUUGUCUGCGAAUCUGGAUUUUUUUUAUUCGCUGGCCACCAUCAUUCCAGAGUGUAGUGUCUGUCAUGCAGUUGUACACAAAGUGUGAAUAAUUUUCUGAUUAUUGCUACAACAUAGAUAUUUGACCAAGUCCUGCGUACAAAUUCCGGUCCGGAUAGAGUGGGGGAAAUCAGAAAAAGAAAAGUUAUCGCAAAUCCCGGUUCUGUUUUCGCGUGUUUUUUGUGUGUGAUCGCGUGCCACUUUUGGAAAGUUGCGGUACUUCUCGGAGGAAUUUACCAUCAGAAAGUGAUAGAAAACAACGAAAAUUGUAUCCAGUGUGUCACUGCUUCUUAUUUCCACCAAUCGUUGAGACGAAGCCGUGGCUCCACGGUCGUCUUUGCCGACAACGACGACGGAGCCGAUCGGCGGAACCGAAGCGGGACUAGCAGCUGUGUACGUUAGAAUUCACGUAGACUCAGACGAAGGAUGGAGGUGAGCAACCACACUACUUCGACACUCAGUCGAAGCAAUAGCCGGACGAGUUCCAACUCGGAACUAGAAAAAGAACUGAUUGAUCUAGAAAUCAGCGGUACCCACAACAAAUCCAGCACACUCAAAAAACGGAUCUCAAGCAGUAGGACGCCAGCCAAGAAGGCUAAGCGAAUACGAUUUUUUCGGAAUGGCGACAGGUUCUAUUCCGGAAGUACCAUACCGGUGUCGGGGGAGAGAUAUAGGUCGUUCGAUAGUUUAACGGAGGACCUGACAAGACUGUUAGAAGAUAGUGUAACUCUCACGGGGGCCAUCCGAACAAUUUACACAUUGGAUGGGAAAAAGGUGGAAAAGCUCGAAGACCUUGAAGAUGGCAAAAGCUACGUAUGUUCCUGUAAUAAUGAAGGUUUCAAAAAGAUAGAUUACAACACAAAUAAUACAGCAAAUAAGAAUGCUAAUAGACUGUCUAGACUAAUACGUCCAUUAUCGCCUAUCAAAAACGGAUCCAAUGGUACUAUACCUCUCAAAGAGAUCAGCUCGAUUGUCCAUCCUAGGAUUGUUACCCUAAUUCGUAACGGUGUGAAACCCCGCAAGAUUCUCCGAUUGCUACUGAAUAAGCGUAACAGUCCAACUUACGAGCACGUACUAACGGCAAUCACGCAAUGCGUCAAACUGGACACCGGCUGUGUGCGGAAGGUGUUCACCGUUUCGGGAACACCGGUGCUCAAACUGGUGGAUUUCUUCGGCGAAGAAGAUGUGUUUUUUGCCUAUGGCAACGAACGGGUCGGAAACGAUGAUUUCGAGCUGGAACCGGACGAACGGAAGAUCAUCCAGGCCAACAAGAAAACACUUCGAAGCAACACCACCCGGACCGGACCGAAACCUAAAAUGCCCAUCAAGAGCCACAACGAUACGUUUGUGUGCGUGGAUGAAACCGUGCUGAAUGGUGUUAUUUCGCCGGAUUCGUUACCCCUGGAGUUGCAGAGCAAGUACACACUCGGAUCAAUCAUCGGCGAUGGCAACUUUGCGGUAGUGAUAAAACUGAAAGACAAAUCAUCAAAUGUCGACUAUGCACUCAAAAUUAUUGAUAAAUCAAAAUGUUCCGGAAAGGGCCACUACCUGGCAGCAGAAAUCCGUGUAAUGAAAAAGUUGAACCAUCCAUGUAUCAUCCAGCUGAUACAGGAUAUUGAAACGAUGAACAACAUGUAUCUGGUGUUGGAGCUGGUACGGGGUGGAGAUCUAUUUGACGCAAUCACGAGGGUGACUCGGUUCUCCGAGAAUCAAUCGAAAAUAAUGAUGAAGCAUCUGGCAUCGGCGAUGUCGUACAUGCACGCUCUCAGCAUCGUACAUCGAGAUAUAAAACCAGAAAAUCUGUUGGUCGAACUGGACAGGGACGGUAACGUAAUGCUACUGAAAUUAGGUGAUUUUGGGCUAGCCUGUGAAGUUACCGAACCAUUACUAUCCGUAUGCGGGACGCCUACCUACGUGGCACCGGAAAUCCUCAUGGAAACCGGUUAUGGCGUUAAGAUUGAUGUGUGGGCCGCCGGCAUAAUUCUGUACAUUCUUCUUUGUGGUUUUCCGCCCUUUGUUUCACCUGACAAUCAGCAGGAGCAGCUGUUCGACGCUAUUCUGAAUGGGUUCUUUGAUUUUCCGGCACCAUACUGGGAUAAUAUCGGUGACAGUGUACGAGAUCUGAUUAUUAACAUGCUGCAGUCCGAUCCGGAACUUAGGUUUUCCAGUGAGGACAUUCUCGACCAUCCCUGGCUGACGAGUGAUGUCGUCGGAGAUACACAAGAUCCCAACGGGUACCGAAUCAUCUCUAAUUUGGUGUAUUAGAAAACCGCACUUUCUGCCUGCCUGUGUGUGUCAAUUAUGCCAACAAGUAAAAUUGCAUCUGGGAAGGCUAAUGCACGUAUCUUUAGUUUGUUAGGAUUAUUUUUAUCACGUGUAAAUUAUUCAUUUUUCACACCAACACAAUCUAAAUUUUAUGUUAUUUAGUUAGGUAUCAAAAUUUCUGUGAUGAUUUAGCAGCGUUAAUUACACAGAAAACUGAAUGCUUCUUCCACUUUCAAACACUUACCUUUUUUGUUAUUGUCGCUACACCUGUUAGGGUUGGUGGGAACGUCUGCAUGAACGGUCAAGCAAUCAAAAUGUAACCUACAUGUAUAUAGCAUGGUCAAAUAGUCGUUCGUUUACCUUAAUCCGUUUUUCCCAUUUACAUCUUCUAUUCCGUAUCAAAACAGAAUGAGCAAACCAACGUGUGGAGACAGUAUGAAUGGAUAAUUUAGAGAAUACACGCUAAUCAAGAAAAAUCGCCAAAAAGUGAAUAAAUAUUUUUGAACGGCUUGUUCAGAGUUCGGCAAUGUGCAUGGCAAAAUAACACGUGGGACUCGUGGCUCCAAAUCCAUUGGUUUCUACAGUCCCGCAAAGCUAUAUCGAAUCCUGUAAAUAGCAGCAUUUUUAAGGUAUUUAUGAGCAAAAACUACUGUUACUAGUAAGAAUCAAGAUAAUCGUAACAAUUGUACCGUUCGGACAGAACAAAAUAUCAUCACGAGAAAAUUGUAUACAUAUUUGUUCGUUGUACUAUUAUUGCUGUUAGCAAUUGCAGAUUUUUAUUCAUUUGAAUAUAAUUUAAGCAAGCUUAUUUACUAGUUUUAGUUAAUGUUAGCUCAAUUUUUUUCAAUCUUCAUAUAGAGAAGAAGAGCGGAGUCGCAGUCAGUCCAAGUCAAUCAUUAUAUAAAAUAGCUUAAGAAUAUAAGGACAAAGGUAACCACAAGGAGUUAAGCUUAGCAGAUUUGUUUCCUUUCACUGUACUGUUUCUAAUUUAUUACCUUCUCCCAGAUAACGUGAGUAGCAUUGAUGAUGGUUUUUCGUUUGUAAGGGUCGUUUCUGACGUUUCUGGCACGCGUUGACAGUGUUUAGUUUUUGUUUAAGUUUGUUUUGUAAAAUCACAACCCGAAAAGAAAACAAUCAGUUAACCUAAUUGAUAUACAUACACAUAUUAGCCUAGACGUAACAAAAUUUAAGAAACAUUACAAUUUGGACAAUUUUUGCUACUUAAAAAUACACAGUAUUCACUUCAGCUGUCCAGCUUAAAUAUGCAUUAUUAUUUUAUUUUGUUCGAAAACUCCGCAUAUUCUUUAUUGGGUAAAAAAGGUUCAAUCACAGUCGCCAAAUUACCAAAUAAUAUGCUUAACGACCAAAACUUUUUAACACAUCCUUAAUCGAGACGGGUAUAUUUCAACUAAUCUAGAUUCCCGGUCGAUAUAUCGUGAACAGUAUAGCUUUUUUAAAUUUCAAGAAUACUGGUUGUAGGUUUGCCUUAGCAGAUUGCAACCAAUUGUAAAUAUUGUUGAAAUAGUACGGCAAUGUUCAGCAAAGCGUUUAUUGAACCACUAUUGUGCAUGAUGAGAUCACUCUAGUUUAUACCAUGUAUUUCCACAUUGGAUUAUUCAUGGUGAAAGACAACAUUUUAUGACAAAUUUUAAACUACGGUAUUUACAAAAAAGCAUGUGAACUAUUAAAAGUUCAACAAUUUUCGUGCAUUUGACAAUUUCGGAAUUUUUUCAGUGAAAUUGGUGUUCGUCGAAUGGUUGCUACGGACGUAAACAAGCAUGAUGAUACAAAAUCAGCGAAAAAACAAGUCAAAUAACAAAUUAUAUCAAUUCACGGCUGUACCAGAACGGAUGGUUUAAAGUUGAAUUGGCGUUGUUCUUAUGCAUGUACGAUGCUUGAAAGUGUGAUUGAUUCGAACGUAAACGGUAAUAGGAAUUUGACAUACUUUCGAACGUGUCGCAUACGGCCGUAAACAAGAAUGAGGGUGUUUAUGUUUGUAUCAGUAGUACUACUCUAACAACCCUAUUCUGUAUAUCGAUCGAGUCGAAAUACUUCGAACGAAUGUGAAAAUUUGCAUUCUGUGAUCGAUCGAGUGAUGAUAUUGUUAGGGAAACUCGAGCUCGAUCGAUAUACAGAAUGCCCAAUUUCUCAUUCGAUUGAAAUACUCCGAUUUGAUCGAAAUACUAAAUAGAGAAGUAAAAUUAAUUAUUUACCUUUCUUGUUGUGUUUCAAUGUUGGGUGUACUCCCUAAUUUAUGGAAAGCUUCCUCGAUGUUUCUGGUGAAAUGUGAAGGGCAUAAAUUACUAUCGCGGUAUUACAUCUUUCAGUGACAUUCUAAUUGUUUUCGAAAAAGUUAUCUUCAACCAUUGCAAGCAUUACAUCGUCGAUACUCAACAAGGUUUCAUCAAUCGAUUUAAAACAAUCAAUCUAUUGUCGUUCAUGUCUUGCGUGACUGAUACAAUGUUUAAUGGUUUACAGUUACCAAACUGGAUAGACAUGAAUUCGGUUCGAACAUUAUUCGUUUAGCAGUCAAAAUCGACGACCACGUGUUCCUCGCAUCAUCCGGAAUUCUGCAGGAAAGCCAUCCCGGACCCUCAUUGUUUUUACUGUACUUCAACUAUGUUAAUUUUUUCUUAGGAUGGUACUUGUCCACGUUUGCUGAUGUUGCCAAGAACUAAUACGACAUCCGCAACUCAAAAGAUGCAGCCUAUCUUCACUUUAUGGAAAGAUUCGUUCUAGGUAAAACGACUAGCGUUAAACAUCUUGGUAUUUUUCUCGAUGAACAACCGACAUUCAAGCAACACAUCAGCUACAUUGUAGGUAAAGUUUCUUGUAGCCUAAGAUUCGUAAUGAAGAUGACUAAACACUUUACAGAUGUACACUGCUUGAAAUUAUUUUACUGUUCGCUUGUUCGUUCAGUUCUCGAAUAUAACUCGGUAGUUUGAAACCCCAAUUACCUGAUCUUAGAGUAGAGUCGUUAUACAGUAAAUUUGUUUGCUCUGUUCUUCGCCGAAUGCCGUGGAACGAUACUCGUCAACUAUCGAGUUAUGAAAGUCGCGGGAUACUAAUUGGUCUAGACACACUACAAGUACGACGGGGAUUUAAGCAGGAUUUCAUCUGAAUUUUAUCUAAACUUUCGAUGCAUGGAUAUUAAACAGCUCAGGUUUGGUAACAAACCAUAUUGAUGACAUCAGUGGUAGGAUACCGUUAAACUAUUUUGUAUUUCAAAGGAUUUUUAGAACGUUUCGAGUCAUUUUUUUGGCUCGUUUGCCCUUAAGCUUAACGUGGUCGUGAAUCAAUAAUAAAAAUUAUUUAGUUUUUAGUGCUGGAUCUCGUUGUUAACCCCGAUUUUGCAAUCCGACGGAUUUGUGAUACGAACGAAUCUACACUUUCGUUCGAGUUCGAAUUUUGCAUUCUUUAUUCCGUUCGACUUAUAUCAUUCGAUCGAAUCUCGUUCGGGGACACUUGAAAUUUCGAACAUUAACCAUCAAAGCUGUCAACACUAUUUACACGUUCUAUAUUAUUCAUAUUAUUCAUUUCUUAGUAAACGAAACCGUCACACUUGUAUAAAAAAAAUAGAACGAAUCUAAACCGAACAUAAGUAAUACGUACGCAAGUCGAUCGAGUAAUGUUCGAAAAUUGAACAACUCGAACGGAAUGAAAAUGGCACAUUCGAUCGGAAUAUUUCGAAUCGAUCGACGUACAGACUAGGGGUGGUUAUAUUCUUCCUUGGAGAAGAUGCGCUCCCAUUGCGCUAUCCAGCGAAUGAAUGGGAGCAGUGGUUCGCUAUUCACGCUUUCGUCCAUUGCUUCGGUGUCGCUGUUGUUGGCGGGAACAUCGUUAUUACUUUUAUUUGUCCAGGCGUUGAGUGCAUUGGUAGCUGCAGGUGUACCUUGUUCUAUAUGGGAUACAGAUGAUGGAUUGGUUGAGGAGAAUGUUUCAUUGUUGUUGAUGGCUGCCACAGAAGUACUAGGAUUAUUUGGGACCGCUGUACAAAAAGUUUCAUUUUCCUUUGAUGUAGAUAUCUUCUUGUCCAGUUUAUCAUAAGGCUUGCUGUACUGAACAACGUUUUGGAAAUACUGACAUGUAGCCAUUUGAUUGUCGUAGACAACAGGUGAUUUACUCGGAAUCCUUGUGUCCUGACCGAAAGUCACAUAGGAAGAUAUAGACUUCUUAAAGCGCAUGUGUAACAAUCAUACGCCAUUCAAAAUACCGAGGAAAAAGUUCCACACUUCCACACGAUAGACACUAGCACCUGAGAGAAGCUCAUGCACACGCACUUCUAUCGCAUUAUCCUGGUAAACUGGUAUCUUAUACUUGAUGUUUUCAUGCUCUACAAAGUGCACAUUGUUAUUAUUUUUAGCGAAUUGAAUUGCUUCCUUUCUAUAGAACUGAAUGUAUACAACACUAUUUGUCUUGUUGCAUUCAUGCAAAUACACUCGUUUAACUAUAAGACGGAUGUAUCAAAGCUUCCCAGUCAAAUUUCCGGAAUUUCUGAUGAGUAACUAAAAAUGUGUGUGGCCUGCUGUUAUCCUGAUUGAACACGACACCUCUUCAAUUUCAAUUUUUGGCCAAUCGCCAGCUUCAAACGGUCCAAUUGCGGACAGCAGAGAUCCGAAUUUAGCGAAGAGCAAAUUUUAACAAACCAUCUAGGGAUGGGCAUAGCGUGAUGGGUAAUUCGAUGCGUUUCACGCAGCUCACCUGGGUUUGAUUCCCAAUCCCGCUCAUAGUGUCGGAAAGUUUUUCUGGUCUGAAGAGUUGAAUGACCUUAAGGUUAAAACCUCUUUAAUCGAAACAAAAACAAACUAUCUGUUUUCUGUCCACCAAAUGCACAGUAGAGUUGCUUUGACCACAAUCUAAGUUUCUGAACGGAAUUGACGAAACUAAAAUUGCAAGUAAUCAACUGUUAUAACAUCAGUACCAUGAAUAUCAAUUAUAAUUUUGGUCGGUUGACUUGCGUUUUGUCAAAUUUAUCAAAGAAAAAUUUCAAAAGCGACAAAUAAGACAGCAACAAAAAUCUCAAAUCAGUGCUCCAGUGGGAACAUACACUGAAAAUAAACACCACUUAGUAUUCAAAUGCAAAAACAUAUAAUGGUUUUCCAUAAUACUUUACACGUAACAGUUACUUUUAUAUCACAUGUGUCAUAUAUGAAAUCCAUAUAUUAUUUAUCUGAAUUUCAUUUAACUUCCAUGUAUUUUUCCAAUGGUAAUCAAAUGCUCAUCUAUUGAUCUAUUAUCAGUAUGGCUGGUAUUUAUUAAAUGAAAAUGAUUUUACUUUUCCUUUAUACCUUAUGAUAAAAAAAGAACCGGAAUUUUCAUUUUAAAAAUUCCCGCGCUUGUCCAAUCGGUAAACUUUUAUUCUCUCAACGUUGGCAACACUUUUAUACACAUUCUGUCAAAUUUUGAUGCAUAUCGUACGAUUAGUUUUAGUUUGGCGUCUAUACAAAGAAGUUGAAAAAUUUUCGUGUGGCGAUUUUUAUAAUGGAUGAAAAUUUAGAACAACGUGCGUGCAUCAAAUUUUGUGUUGCAAAUAGAUUUAAGUGUUCCGAAACGUUGAAAAUGUUAGAAAAGGCCUUUGGUGAAUCGUGUCUAGGAAAAACACGCCUGGCCGCCCAACAACAUCUGUUACUAAAGAAUUCAUUGAAUCGGUGAAGCAAAUCGUGUUGCAAAAUCGUUCUGUGCCGAUUAGAGAGAUUGCUGUGCUGUUGGGCAUCUCUUAUGGAUCAGCCGAACACAUUUUAACUGAUGUUUUGGGUUUGAAACGCGUCGCUUCUCGGCUGGUGCCAAAAAAGCUGCAUUUCAUUCAAAAACAGCGUCGUGUUGAUGUGGCCAAAGAGAUAAUUUCCAACGCAGAUAGUGACCCCACAUUCAUCGAAUGCAUCAUAACUGGUGAUGAGGUGUGGAUCUAUGAAUAUGACAUCGAAACCGCACAACAAUCGACCGAAUGGCGCUUCGAAGGCGAGCCGUUGUUCUAAAUUUUCAUCCAUUAUAAAAAUCGCCACACGAAAAUUUUUCAACUUUUUUGUGUAGACGCCAAACAAAAACUAAUCGUACGAUAUGCGUCAAAAUUUGACAGAAUGUGUAUAAAAGUGUUGAGAGAAUAAAAGUUUACCGAUUGGACAAGCGCGGGAAUUUUAAAAUGAAAAUUCCGGUUCUUUUUUUAUCAUAAGGUACAUAUGUGACAUAUAUUUAAAAUGAGAAUUUUUCUUACUUUUAUAAUAACAAAUAUGUAAGCUAAAUUGAUACUGUAGCGUCCAUAUAAAAGUAGCAUUCCGUUGCCUGUAUGAAACGAAAAAGUCGCUGUUGAAACUAUAUCGCAUUCGGAAAAAUGUUGAAUAUAAUUAUUUUUAGAAUGUUUUUUUUUUUGAUAAUUUGUAUGAACUUACGUUCAAAAGCUCAAGCUCAACAAUUUUCAAUCCUAAAUAUGCGAGCACUCUUCUAAUCGUUACUUAUCGCCAUUUUGUUUCGAAUUAUUUUUACAGCUUAGACUCACGUAAUUUAUAUUUGCUUUACACAUGAACUCUACUUACGUGCUUCACACAUAAGGCGUAAGUGCUGUACACUUAAAAGUUAUCGAGAUUUCAAUUAAAAAUUAUAAAUUAAUAUAUAAAUGUUGCAUGAUGCAUAUGAAUAGAAUGUGGUGGGCUGCUUUCAAUAAGUAUGUGAUUUUUCACGUAUAAUCAAUGGUAGAUUUUGGGUCAGUGUGGGUGAACUGAACUGGCGCUAUCGUUGUGUGGAAUGUUUUCCACAGGGACAUAACUGACAAUUGAACUGCGUGAUGGCUGUACACAAAUUCAAAUUAAAAUUCAAUUCAUGUGUGGUGUUUUACAUGCAGAUUAGUUUACCGACUUCUGCGUACGGUGAGAGUUACGAGUUCGAGUUCUGUCUCAGCGUUAUAUUUUUCGCAAAUUUUCAUUUCUGCUAUUCGUUCAUUGCUCUUUUUCCAUUUUCCCAUUGGGAGCUGUUAAAAGUUAAACUAAGUUCAAGGAGAUUUCAUGCCUUAACAAACAAAAUAAAUCGAAGUGUUUUAUUCUAGUUGCAUCUCUUUACCUUGUUUUUUCUUUGGUUGGUAUCACCUUACUUGAGAUGACGUCUAGGCUAUAAUAUUUGUUGAAUUUCCUUAUAGUUCAAUAGACUUCACUUUUACUGAAUUAUCAAUGAUAAUCGCUGUGCCGCUACACCCAAACGCUAUAGCUCGGAUGAAAAUGAAACGGCUUCUUCACACGAUAAGAGUCACCGAAAAUGACGAAAAGAAAUUGCUUAUAACACAAAUAACUAUCUUCAUCUUCAACCAUUGCCGAUUGACUUUCCUCAUGAUUAAAAAUAAAAUGUCAUUUUAAUCAUUAUUUCCUUUUUUCGAAACUUUAUUUCAUUCAGUUCUUCAAGUGUCAAAAAACGUUUAACUGAUUUAUUCAAAACUGGUUUAUUCAGGAUUUGUAAAACUGAUAAAUUUGAAGUAACUCAAUGCAAACAGAGCUGCUAUCUGAGCACUGUUGCAAUAUCUGUUCAAGAUCUAAAUAUGUUCUCAUCGGCAUAAUAUACUUUUAAUACUUUUUACUGCGAUCGUUCACAUUCAAAAUAAGUUCAGUAAGCAAUUCAAUAGCGGUCUAUCGCGAUGCCAUAAUUUUUAUUUCAACCCAAAUUUGUUCUCAACUUUGAGAGAAAAAAAAUACAACCCCUUUUGACUGUACUGUCUAACUGCACUAAAAUCUGCUACUGUCCAGCAUUCCUAUACACAUCUAAUUAUGAUAAUCUUUCACAAAGGACCCUUAAGAGUGCUGUUCUGAACAAAAAUCAAACCCCCUUACCACCAUCACCUGCAUUAAGUUCGAUCACAUGUGCCUAAUGUUUGUGCAACAUUGGAAAUCAACAAAAGAAGUGUGAUGGCUUUUUUGCAGCACAGUAAGUUUAGAAAACAUUUUGAUAUGGAAAUUAUUCAAAAGAAAGGUAAUGCUUAUUAUUAGCCCAUUGGCAUUGGUUAGAGCUGAACUUUGAAUACAAUAAGCAAUAAAGAGGAACAAAUUCGCAAAACAAAGCGAAACGGACUGCAGGCCAAAUUGUCAAUUGAAACGGUUAUGAAGAAAACAAAAAAAAAUGCGCAACGCUUGUUAAUUUUGAGGUCUGAUCGAUAACAUUGAAAAAGUAAAAUAUAUUCGGAAACUAUUUAAUCAGAAUGGUGAAAAAUUUACAAUCGGUCUAUCAUUAAAAUAACUUCCAGCUGAAUACUUCAAUGUUUCACAAAAUGGAAUAUAACUUACAGUUCGAACAUCUCAAUUGAUUCAUUAACCAGAUUGCGACAGGAGAUUGACAAUAAACCGAAAAUAAAUCCAGUUAAGUGCAUAUGAAUCCGUCACAUUCAAAACAGUUCAUUGAAUUCUUUUUCAGUGGUAAGAAAUUAUUAGCAAAGCUUUUUAAAAAUAAUUUACUUUAAAAUGAACUUAUUCUAAGCUUUUCCUGUUUCAUAUCAACUCUACUUAGCAAUGGAUAAUGAAUUCUGCUUAGCAAAGCAUUAAGGCUCAUUUAUAGAAAUUAUAAGCAAACCAUGAUAGGAGGCUAGCUUUAGGCAAUAAUCAUCACCGUUCGAAAUAUUCAAAGUUCAACGAAAUCUACAGAAGAUAUGGGACAUCUGUACGAAGCAAAAUAUUUAUGUAAUAAAAACUCAUGUUAAUCAGACAUAUAUAAUAUUGAAUAAACGAAAGCAUGUAUCAUACAUAGUUUGGACAGAAAUAUACUAUACAAAUAUAAAUGCAAA